UUUUCUUCUUCUUCUUCCGAGACCUAGGAGGCUAUAGCAGACCGCAGCUACAAUCAUAAGCAGCAAAUUUGAGAAAGGGAAUUAAAAAAAGCGUGGAAGAAUUAAAUUCCUUUGCCCAGUAUAUCAAGAAAGAGAAAGCGGAAUUUUCGAAUGUGGGUGUUCGAACGGUGGAACCAGACAUCAGCUUUGUGAUGGGAGUAAGACUAUCAGAAGAAGAACCGGAGAGAUGUCAUGGUGCAAUGACCCAGACGAAGACACGAGCGCUCUAAACAUAAUUACAGCAGCCGUCGCCGAAGAACCAUCAGUCGCCGUCGCCUCAACCUCUGCCGUUCCCUACCCCAAAAUCCAUGAAAUCCCAGCCAUUAUUUGCCCUUCAUGCAACUAUAUCAUACCCUACCAAGAUCAGAGUCAGACGGAAAUUCAUGAUUUGCUAGGGUUACCAGCCGGGGUGAAGUUUGAUCCAACUGACCAAGAAAUUUUAGAGCAUUUAGAGGCCAAAAUAAUAUCUGAUCUGCGCAAGCUUCAUCCCUUGCUUGAUGAGUUCAUCCCAACGCUGGGAGGAGAAAAUGGGAUUUGCUAUACUCAUCCGGAGAAGCUCCCAGGAGUGAGCAAAGAUGGCCAAAUUCGACACUUUUUUCAUCGACCCUCCAAGGCAUACACGACCGGGACAAGGAAGAGAAGAAAAGUUCACACGGACGAAGAUGGGAGCGAAACAAGGUGGCAUAAAACGGGCAAGACCCGAGCAGUUUCAGUUGGUGGGACGGUGAAGGGUUUCAAAAAGAUCUUGGUGCUCUACACCAACUACGGGAGGCAAAGGAAGCCCGAGAAAACAAACUGGGUAAUGCAUCAGUAUCACCUCGGCAACAACGAAGAAGAGAAAGACGGAGAGUUAGUGGUUUCAAAAGUCUUUUACCAAACUCAACCUAGACAAUGCGGUCCAAGUAGCAGUAGUAAUAAGUACACGCUCGAUAGAAAGGCUAGAAGCCGGCAUCAAAGUCCAAUUAUGGCGCCCAAGAGUAGUAGCAGCGCGGCUCUCCUCCAAUAUAACAGCCAGUCUUUUGUUUCAUACGGUGAUGGCGGGAGUCACCUCCAUAAUAGAGAAAGCCCACCACAGCUAAUCCCAAAUCUGCUUGUUCAAGGUGAUGGAUCCUCGUUUAUUCGAUUAGCCUCUGAUAUAAGCAAAGGGAGACUUGAAAGAAAAUAGCAAUGGGAAAGAUGAGCAGCCACGACAAGGACUUAUUUGGUUGUUGCUAUGUAAUAGUCAAAUAAUUAUCAGAUUGUGAUUUUU